AGAUACUCUUCCAAAACCCGACACGUACGAUAUCGGUACAAUACCACUACGUACRUAAUAGAAAAGGCCUUUAUUUUUCGCUUUUCACGUCCCGGCAGAACAGAACACUUUGUCAUCGAUUGGACGAACACGAUGUCGAACAACUCGAUGAAGGAAGGGAAACGGCAGCUAUCCGCAUAUGAACAACGUAGAAUCGAUAACAUCAAACGAAACAAUGCUCGUUUGAGAGCACUUGGGUUGAUUAGCUCGGUUGAAGAGCGGCGUUCCAAUGCAAUUGCCUCCGGAACGAGUUCAAACAUCGUCUCUGGGAAAGAUAGCUGUCGCGAUCCCCUGGAAGAUUCCGAUGGAGAGAGUUCCGACGACGGGGAGUGGCAAUGCGAAAACAACGGGGGAAAGAAGCGGCGGAAACGGAAAGUCGCCCCGAAGGAACCGCGGGAGGGCUCUAGAAAAUCUCGACGAUUGAACGGCGAACAGGCCGAGUUUGCCCCCGACGCCGAGGAAUUGCUGUUCUCGAAGGAUCCCACAGUUCGAAAAAAGGAACUGGAAGAGCGUGUCAAGGAAUGCAGAGAGGUACGAUUGCGGGCCGCUAACGCGAUUGCUGCCUGUGGAGGAGAGAAGGCGGCAAAAACGAAUCCCACGGCAACCUACGAGCAUUGUCUUAUGAGGGUGAAAACGAUGACAGAAAAGGGCCUCGUGAAUCGAGUAAAAGCAAUUGAACGAGCGGCAGGAAAACACUGCGUAGUAAAAAUGGCAAUUUUUAAGAGCUGUCUACAGGACGAAGGCAGGUGGAAACUAGCCGAGGUCGCGAGUGAUGCUCUAGAAAGGUUGAAAGCUCUCAAGCCGAUUCCAGAAGAAUGAUUUUUUGCUGGAUGAAUUACUUUGAAAACAUCAACGUUAGACGAAAGAACGAUACAAUUYGGGGGAUUCUUCGAUAAUUUGCGGUGAGCUUUAUCUUCAGCAAAACUCCCCGUUCUCCAUCGCAUAGUACACCCACUGAAGCAGAAUUCAGACCUCAGUUUGCAGUUGCUKCAAGAGUGUCGAUGAMACCGAAAGUAAACACUGAGGUAAUGC